GGAGGGGAGCAAAACGUCGUAGUCGUCGGUAGCCGUCCGGAGUGCUCAGGGGGAGAGGAGACGCUUGGAUCAUUUUGCUCUCACGGAAGGAGGGUUUAUAAUUCAGUAAUUGACAGAGAGGGUUGGCCCAGACUUUCAAUGAAGGUAUGCCAGACUGGCAAGUUGCGCGCAACUUUUGUUAACCUGUUGGAGGAAGAGUUUGCAUUCCAAUCGGUCAGGAUAUGCAGGUGGCCGAACCGCGGCAAGAGUUUCGACGCAAAUUCUUGGGAUUUGUUGUCAUAACAUGUGUCAAUUUUGAUCGCAAAAGAGGCUUGAAAUCGAUGUAAUGUAAUAUAGGUUAGUUUCGAGACUGAUAUGUCCGUGUUGGGCGAAAUCCUUGAAAUGAGGGACGAACUGCGCAGCAUCUUUGUCAAAGAAUUAAUCGGACGACGUCCUAAAGAAAUUCGGCAGUAGAACUGGUCUCUUCGCCUUGUUAGUACAUUGUUAGUGAGCACGUCAAGAUGCGCUGGACAACGAUAGCCCUCCUGAUCGCUGGAGUUUUCCUUCGGCCCUCAGAAACGCAAGACACCGUACCUGUCACAGUGUUUAACUGCUGCGAGGGGGACAUUGUCAUCGUCCUGGAUGCCUCGAGCAGCGUGGCCGCCUAUGAAUUCACCCACAUGGUCCACUUCCUGUCCGACCUGCUCCGACCCUUCCAGCUGGGCCGCGGCCACGUCCGGGUGGGGCUCCUGCAGGUGGGCACCGAGCCUCGGAUUGAGUUCGUCCUGGACGGCCACACGGCCCAGAGCGGGCUGCAGUGGGCGAUACGCAACACCCAGCAGCUCCAGGGCGACACCAACACGGUCGAGGCCCUGCGUCUGGCCCAGAGGCUGCUGGGAGUCCGUCCCGGGGACAAGAGAAGGGACGGCCCCCCCAAGGUGCUCCUGUGGCUGACGGACGGGGUGGAGCCAGGGCCGGUGGAAGAGCCAAUGGGAGAGCUCCGGCGAGCAGGCGUGGCAGUUCUGGCGGUCUCCACGGGUUCAAGCAACUACCAGGUGCUCCGUCGCACAGUGUCUCCACCUGUGGAAGACCACUUGCACUUUGUGGACGUAGAUGACAUUAGCAUCAUCACAGAGGACCUCAGAGAUGCCAUCAUUGAGAUCAUCCGUGCAGAUCGACUCCAGGUGCGUGAUGUUACUUCCAGGAGUGCCAUCCUGCAGUGGAGGCCUGUUUUGACUGCACACACUGGGACCUACGAGCUGAACUACGGGCCCUCGGCCGACGGGGUACCGACGGGAGGGCAUGUCAGGGGCCCAGGGACCAGCACCAGCUCCAACCAGUGGUCGUACGUCAGACAGACCCUGCCGGGAGACCACAGUACGUGGCAGCUGACCAAUCUGAGGCCGGGUACCACUUACACGGCAUCGCUCAGACCUGAGUCCAACCAGCAGCUGCUCAAAACUCUCAGUGUGAGCUUCACCACACUAUCAGAUGUUCCAGAAAUUCUAAGUCCAACCACGGUCUCUAUUUCUGAGUCGGGCCCAGACAACGUGCGUGUGAGCUGGGGCCCGCUGCAGCCCAGUCGGGUUCGGCGGUACCAGGUGGAGUAUGCGGUACUACCCUCUGGAGUGGUACGAACAGUCACCCUCCAGAGUCACGAAAACUCCACCUUGCUGACCCAACUGCAGCCAGAUUCGCAGUACCUGGUCACAGUCACCGCGCUGCACUUCAACGGCCAGGAGAGGACGAUGUCGGUCAAAGCCUGCACUCAGGAGGUGCUGCCACCUCUGGAGGACCUGCAGCUGAGGCCCAUGGGCCGGAACUCUGUGCAGGUGGAGUGGAGAGGUCGCACAGGUGGACCACAGGGCUACUGGGUGAGCUGGGACGGGGCCAGACCUUCGUCCUCCCGCUCGCCAUCCUCAUCCUCAUCCCUCUACCUGCCGUCUAGCUCCGUGUCUACCUUCCUCACCAACCUGGCGCCUAACAGCCGGGUGUGUGUGUCGCCUGUGUACAAGACAGCACGGGGACAAGGCCUGUGUUGUACACACAAACAUUCAGACUUUUGGCAGUAGAUGUCCAAUUCUUUGAAUCCACUUGGAAACCAAGAGCUAAUACUGUAGGCACUCUGCUGGAAAACAAGGCCUUAUCAUCUCUGCUCUGCAAACCCCAUCAAGUUCCAUUGUUGCUUCUCAGUGUACAAUUAUAGCCUGCAAAUGGGCAAAUUAAUGUCUUGUUUAUGGUUAGAGUUUGAAUGAAAUUGGGCAGUGGAUGCCAUGAAUGAUAGUAACUGUAGAUCAGAGGACCAAAAGCCAGCCCAGAGACAAACAAUGGAUGAAAAGGAUAGGAAGAGGCAAAUGCAUUUAAAAAUCAGACAGAUGGACAUUUUACAUAAUUUCAGCAGAAGACGUUGCCUAGCACUGUGCUACUGACGACUGAACUUUUGUUGCUGUCAUCUUCACUGGGACACACACACACACACACACACACACACACACACACACACACACACACCAUACCCUACCCUAUCAUACAAACACACACAGAUAACACAGACAGAGCAGAUGCAAAGACAUAACAUCACAUACAGCUGCCCUUAACUAACAAAUAUUCAGCAUUUUUUAUGUUACAAACAUUUCUGCUGUAAGGCUUGAAAAUAUGCCAUAGGCAUACAUUUAGUAUGAUCAUCUCACUAGCUCAUCUAGAGUCUAGUGUACUUAGUGUUUGUGUGUGAACAGUGACACUCAGUGGUCAUUUGAUCAAAUUACACCUGACUGUCAAUACAUUUGUUAUCAAACUAUCUAAGUAAUUGCUUCAAUUAUAGUAUAAUGUAUGAACGUCUAAUGUUUAAUCUAAUUAAUGUAUUUGAAAUGAAGAUGUAUAGCCUAUAUCUUGUCUGCUUUGAGAUGUAAAAAAUGAUUUUAAUAUGUAUUGUAAAGAAUUAAGACAUUUGGUGCUUUUACAUUGGUUUGACUAUUAAAACAUGCAGUUGUUUCAUUGUUUUAGACCAUGAAUUUUGCAUAACAUGUUUCAUUGCAUAACAUGAAAAUACACUUUUUAUGUAAAAUCAUAUUUAAGUAAAUAUCUGUCACUUCUAAAAGUCAUUGAUAUGUUGUGAUGUAAACCAGAUUAAAGGAAUCAAUGUAAAGACUGUCA